CCUAAUCAUCACAAGAGAACCAAGGGCGACUUUGACCCAAAGACGAAAAGGCGGCUGAAUCUCGUGUAGCGCGGGCGGCAGUUGCUCUGCUACGGUGGCGAUGUCGUCCGUGGCCGUGGCGGUUAACAGCGGCGGGAGCCCGGGAAGCCGACGCGCCGUGAAUUGGGCUGCGGAGAACCUCUUACCCACGGCAGAUCGCUUCGUUUUAGUCCACGUCAUCCCCAAAAUCAACUCAAUCCCAACUCCAUCAGGAGAUCACAUCCCGAUCACAGAGCUGGAUGCAAAUUUGGUGGCAACGUAUGUGAAGGACCAGAAACAAAAGUUUGAGGAAGUUUUUAUUCCGUUUAAGAAGAAAUGCAAAAAUAAUCAGAAGGUCGAAACAUUGGUGUUAGAGGAUGAUGAUCCUGCAAAUGGGAUUCUAAGGUUCAUAUCUGAAUCAGGGAUCGAUUGUUUAGUGCUCGGCGCCUACUCGUCAAAUUACGUUACCAGGAAACUGAAAGGACAGGGUGUAUCACCAAUUGUGCUGAGAGGUGCUCCCGACACUUGCGAAGUUUAUUCCAUUUCCAAACAUAGAAUCAUCACAAAAUCAGAUAAUCCUUCUUCUGCUUGUGAGACUAGAUCUGCUGGCCAGAUGUCUACUAUAAAAAACCGAAAGGGAAGUUCAAGUGAUAUCAAUAAACAGAUAAGCAGGGUUCAUUCUUCCUUUGUAGAAACCAGAUCUCAUGAAGCUUAUGGAGCAUCUACAAUGUCAGACCUUAGUUACCUAAGUUCUGAAGCAUUCACGCGUAUGAGCAUUUCCUCAAAUGUUAGUGUAGAUCAGGAAAGGAAUCAUCAAAACUUGGGAGAUAACCUGGAUAUUAGUUCUUUUAAGGAUCGAAGUUCCUCGGGUUCUUCAAUUACUGAGCUGUCAAAUGUGCAGACGCAGGUAGAACAGUUGCGUCUGGAAUUGCAAAAUACUAUUGCCAUGUACAAACAAGCUUGUGAAGAGCUGGUCCAUGCCCAAAGCAAGGUGCAAUUACUUUCUUCUGAAUGCCUUGAUGAAACAAAAAGAGUGAAUGCUGCCCUUGAAAGUGAAGAAAUGUUGAGAAAAAUUGCUGCGGAAGAGAAAGCAAAGCAUUUGGAGGCACUGAAGGAGAUUGAGGAGGCCAAAGUUCUGCUUGCUAAAGAGGCUUAUGAGAGGCAAAUGGCCGAGCUGACUGCCAUGAAAGAGUCCUCAGAGAAAAAUAAAUUAGUUGAUGCACUCUUCUCAAGUGACAGGAGGUAUAGGAGAUACAGUAGGAAUGAAAUAGAGGUAGCAACGAGUUUCUUCUCAGAGGCUAAUGUGAUUGGUGAGGGAGGAUAUGGAAAAGUUUACAAAUGCAGUCUUGAUCGCACCCCGGUAGCUGUUAAGGUUCUUCGACCUGAUGCAGUUGAUAAGAAAGAGGAGUUUCUGAAAGAGGUUGAAAUUCUUAGUCAGCUACACCAUCCGAAUAUAGUUUUGCUGCUAGGUGCUUGUCCUGAGAUUGGUUGCCUGGUCUAUGAAUACUUGGAAAAUGGAAGCUUGGAAGAUUAUGUCUACUGCCAAAAUGGAAAACCGCCACUCCCUUGGACUAUUCGGUUCCAUAUAGUUUUUGAAGUAGCUUGUGGGCUUGCAUUCUUACACAACUCUAAGCUGGAUCCUAUUGUGCAUCGAGAUCUAAAGCCGGGAAACAUCUUAUUAGACAGAAACUACAUGAGCAAAAUAGGGGAUGUUGGGCUGGCUAAACUCAUUUCAAACGUCGUGCCUGACAACAUCACUGAGUACAGAGAAUCAAUUCUCGCUGGUACACUCUUUUAUAUGGAUCCAGAGUAUCAAAGAACUGGCACUGUCCGGCCCAAAUCAGAUUUGUAUGCAUUUGGUGUCAUAAUCCUUCAAGUACUGACAGGUCGCCAUCCAAAGCGGCUUAUAUUUGUUACGGAGAAUGCAAUUGCAAGUGGGUCUUUUGCUGAAAUCUUGGACAAGUCAGUUGCAGAUUGGCCACUUGCAGAAGCAGAGGAGUUGGCUCGAGUUGCACUAAGGUGUUCCCAACUUAGAUGCAGGGAUAGACCAGAUCUUGAAACUGAAGUUUUGCCGGUUCUCAAACGACUCGCUAAUCUUGCAGAUUCUAGCUUGAAGUUUGAUAGAAACCCUAUCAAUGCACCAAACCACUUCUUUUGUCCAAUACUUCAGGAAAUCAUGGAGGAUCCACACGUAGCUGCAGACGGUUUUACAUAUGAGUAUCGAGCGAUCAAAGCAUGGAUUAAGAAACACAAAGUGUCCCCAUUGACAAGGCUUAGACUAAACAAUUUUGUGUUGACUCCAAACCAUACAUUGCGUUCUGCCAUACAGGAAUGGAGGUCAGGUUUGACUUAACUAUCUAAAUAAGAUUAGGCAAGGAUCUUGCAGAUGAAGUGAUUAAAAGCGUUUAUCCUGGCGCCCAAAAUGUUAUUUUUGAGCUCCGCACCCAAAAAAAACAUUGUAUAUAAAAUAAUUGUAUUAGGUGUUGGCUUGAGUCACUGAGUGUAAUAGGACCUGUUUCUGAUUUAUUCAGUUGUAAUUAGAUGCUAGAGAAGAAUAAAUAUAACCGUAAAUUGGUCCAAA